GGGGCACUGAGGGCGGCCUCUGGGCCAGCCAGCCUGCCUUCUGGGCCCCCACCCACGACACCCCGGUGGCAGCAACCCCAGGGAGAUCCGGCCUCCCAGAUCCGCUGAGACCGCCAGGGCCGGCGAGACCUUUGGAGACCAUCCCCAAGAAAGGACAGCGCAUCUCCGGGCCCUCCUCGGUGCGGCCUUGCCCAGGCGGGGGGAGCCCCCAGCCGGCUGGCAGACUGCACCUCCAUUUCACUCGGCCUCAGUCCCCGGGAUCUCCCGAGAGCCCCCUCAGGGGAAGGUUACAAGAAGCCUGGACGCGGGGGCCCUGUGGGCAGGGCCAGGGGCCUCGUCGACUAGAGGGACAGACCGGGCCCCUUGCGGCCUCUCUCCGGCUCAGCCUUUGCGAGGGGAUCGUGGCAUCCUGGAUCGCCUUCCGGAUCCCCGAGGCAGCUCGGGGGUGCCCCAGCGGGCAUACUGCUGCCUCCGCGAGCUGGGCAGGAUGCUGUUCGGGGUGAAGGACAUCGCCCUGUUGGAGCACGGGUGCAAGGCUCUGGAGGUGGACAGUUACAAGUCCCUGAUGAUCCUGGAUAUCCCGGAAGACUGCGACCACGAGGAAUUCGAAGACAUCAUACGGGCCCCCCUGAGACCUCUGGGCAAGUUCGAAGUGGCUGGGAAGGCCUUUCUGGAAGAAGAGAGGUCCAAGGCAGCCAUCAUCAGGCUGGCGGAGGACAUCAAUUAUGCCGUCAUCCCCAGGGAGAUCAAGGGCAAGGGCGGCCUGUGGAGGGUGGUCUACAUGCCCCGGAAGCAGGACAUUGAAUUCCUGACCAAGCUGAACCUCUUCCUGCAGAGCGAGGGCAGGACGGUGGAGGACGUGGCCCGGGUCCUGAGGCAGGAAUUGUGCCCCGCAGUGACGGGCCCCAGAGAGCCACCUGCCAGAAAGUGCCGCGCGCCCGGGGCCGGGGAGAAGCAGCCCGGGGCUGGGGCCACCGCCGGGGCGGAUGCGGCGCCGCCUCUGGACUCCACGGAGAAGCCGAGCAAGCCUGGAGAUGACAAGAGAGGCAAGAGGAAGCAUAAGAAAAACCGGCGAAGGCACCAUGCAUCUGACAAGCUGUGAGUCUCUCGCCAGUGUUCCGUGGAAUUCUCCAGAGGCUACGCGGCGUGGCGAUGUUGCAACUGGCUGAACGCAGAAGCAGGUAGGAGGAUCCAGUAACCUCUGUUGAAUCAGGCACGAAGGAGAUUAGCAAGAACGUAACACAACGCCAUUCUCCUCUUGAAUUGGUUGAUUUGGGAAAAUAAUAGCUAUUUAAUUAAUUUAUUUAUUUAGUUAUUUAGUUUUUUAAUGUUUUCAUGCAUCUUUGAGAGAAAGAGAGAGACAGAGCGCGAGCAGGGGAGGGGCAGAGAGAGAGGGAGACACGGAAUCGGAAGCAGGCUCCGGGCUCUGAGCCAUCAUCAGCCCAGAGCCCGACGCGGGGCUCGAACUCACGGACCGCGAGAUCGUGACCUGAGCCGAAGUCAGACGCUUCACCGACUGAGCCAGCCGGGCGCCCCUGGAUAACUUGUCUGAGAGCUGUUCCCCCGCUUUGGUUACUCAAAGCGUCCUUUGCUUAGAGCCCUUGUAGGUAACGUGUCUCAGAGCGACCGUCGUUAAUACGUCUCGUCUGUAAUUCUGCCCGCCGGGUGGAGUCGCACAACGAGAACUCAGCCCAUUUCACCUUUUUAUCGUCCCCUCCUCCAAGGCGAGACACCGAUCACGGUUUUAAGACACGGCUGCAAGUUCCGGGUCGUCCCUAGAGGUGGGGGUCCGCAUCCCCCUUCCUUGAACCUGAACCUGGGCGAGCUUUGCGGCUGCCCCCAGUGAUAAUGUGUGGCGGGAAGGAUGUCCUGGGGCUUCCAAGGCCAGCAACAGAAAGCUUUUGUGUGCAACUCAGCUGCCGGGCUGCGAGGACGCCUGAUUCACACGGAUAGACCACUUGGAGGCACGCCAGUCCUCCGGUCAGGCCACCCCACACCAGGCCCUGGUCACAGGAGAGACGAAGCUUCCAAGGGCUCCCAGACCUUUGACGUUGGUGUCACCUCAACCAAGGCCCCAGACCUCGUAGGGCUGAGAGAAGCUGUUCCCAACGGUGCCCUUUCAACGCUGUUGACCGCAGAAUCCGUGAGCGUAAGCAAAAGUUGUGGUUUUAUGGCACGAAGUUGGGGGUGGCGGGGUACCCAGCAGAAGUAUGGGGCACACACCUGUCUGCAUCUCUCCCGCCUCCCUGCCCCCCACCCCACGCUGCUAAAGACGUGACGAUCCACACCCUCGCCCCAUCCUCUUGGGCCGAGUGGGACAGUCCCUGGCACGCGUCCCAGAUGCAGAUUGCCGGGAGGUAGGGUCUGUGGACUGCUCCCUCUCCCAAGUCCCCCAAGCCACCCAGUGCAAGGACUGUCCCCGUUCACGCCCCCACCGUUAGCGCUUGAGGAUUCCCGGGCCCCGACCCCCUCUCCCAACGCGGGAUGUUAUCCAGCCUUCGAAGAUUUGUCUGUCUAAUGAGUGCAAGGUGAUGGCUCCUUCCUUGUUCCCUUCCCGCUGUUGUAGGACCUGCCAUUU